GAGCGCUCUAGUGUCCAUAGAACAUUUCGAAUAUCGAAUGUUGAACAGUGGCCUGUACAGACAACGAAUUUAAUCAUAGAUAAUAAAUUUUGUAUAAAAUUUGACAGCUCGUUUCGCGCUCAAGGACAGUGUAAUUACGAAUUUUGGAAAUUGUGAGUUUCGAUAAGAUAGGACGUAUUUGUAACGUGUUGGUGAAAUCGAUCACUCUGAGAGUGCAAAGUUUUUUUGUGUGGUGCUUUUGGAUUUUGGUGGUCUCGGUAACCAUCAAAAUGUGCCUACGGAAAGAAAUAUCUAUUAAAAAUUAGACUUAAAACUACCAAAAAUGCACACGAGAAAACGUGCAACCCGGUGACUAGUUUCGGAAAGGGAUACGAGAUGGCGCUUUUAACGAAUUCGUCCGCCAGUGGGCCUACAGCUACUCCGGCGGCUCCCCAAGCGCACCACUCGACCACACCGUUACACCACUAUUUCCACUACCUGAAGCAGCCCUCGCCUUUGUCCCAAAAUCCCUAUGCGCACCAUUCUAGUGCGCAUCAUAUGGGCAUGGGACCGGGACCUCUAGGCGGCUUAGGGCCGUUCGGACUGUCGCAUCACGGGCUUGAAGCUGUUGGAUUUCCUCAAGGUGUUAAUCCGCGGAAACAGAGACGCGAGAGAACAACGUUCACUCGUGCGCAGCUCGACGUCCUAGAAGCUUUAUUUGGCAAAACUCGGUACCCAGACAUCUUUAUGCGUGAGGAAGUCGCUCUGAAGAUAAAUCUGCCUGAGUCCAGGGUUCAGGUGUGGUUCAAGAAUCGACGUGCGAAAUGUCGCCAGCAGCUCCAACAGCAAUCCAACACUCAGAUAUCCAGUAAAUCAUCAUCCAGUUCCAAAACCAUAUCAUCCAGUAACACAAUCAAAAGCAGUUCCUCAUCUAAAAUCUCGACAUCCAAGACUUUAACCAGUGCAAGCUCGAGCUUAACCACGCCUAACUCUUCCAGCAUCACAACUUCUUCACCAAAUCUCCCCAUCACACCAACAACGUCAGUUAGCCCUCCGAUCAAUGUCAUCUGCAAGAAAGAAUCAGCCCCUAACUAUGACACGUCACCCUUAAACAAAAACCUUUCCUUACACCACUAUAACUCUAACGACCUAAGGAUCAGUGGAAAGGAUUCGUCACCAUCAGAUACUCUCAACGUUCAUUCUUAUGGGGUCACACCGAAACAGGAGUUGUACUCGAGUCCAAAGAGGUUAGAUUACUCCAGCAAAGUGGACUAUUCAGAGAAAAGUUUUGGCAGUAACCUCGUUAAAGACCAGUAUAGCUCGCGUCUGACUGGUAACCUGACUCCGUUAGGGUCUAACUCCUCUAUAAUGACCACUCCAUCGCCACCAAUCACUCCUCAAAGCAUCAACGGUCCAGGCAACGUGUACCACCCGGACAGCUACAACAGCUUCCACUGGCCGGGCAGCUCGGAUUAUAUAAGGAGCUACUCGAGCUCGCAUCAUCACCAGGGUUAUGGGCAGAGCGCGUAUAACUCCCCAUACUAUCCUAGUCAGAUGGAGUACUUUAACGGUGCCUCAGUGAACCAGUCUCACGGCAGUCAUCACGGCCACAACCUGACAUCGAACGGCAACCAGCUCUACAACCAAGUGUCUUUCGGAAACCCCUCACCGCCGGCCGCCUGGCCUUCACACAACAUCCUCUCCUCGGGCCCAGAGUCGCCAGAGAAUCAAUCCCAAAACUCCCCACAUCUCAGCAUGCUUCAAGCAUCACAGAUCACGAACUUUUCAAACUCUGGCAACAGUUACUUCGCGCCCGAAAAAUACGGCAUAAAUAUGGUGUAGUAUAUCUAGUCUUUCUCUAGGUUAUUGUAAAUAUAGGGUUUGCAAAUUUAUCAGAGAAAUAAUCGAUUUUGGCACACUGUUUUCGAGCGUGUUCCUUCAUUACUUUCAUCUUAAUUAAACCAUUUUUUGUUCCCUACCGUUUGACUGAGGUGAAAAUGCUUUCUUUAAUUUGAGAGUUUAGAAAAAAUGCAGUUUAUACAUAUCAGAAUCGAUUCGUAGACAAAGACGAUUGUUAUUUUGAUAAAUUUCUCAGAUACCAAGGAGAUUUGUCUGUGUAAAUUUUUAUUUGGACAAACUGUGAUACUAUUUCCACAUCUCAUAAAACUAUAUUCGCAUAUAAAUAAGAUAGUAUCAAAAUUUGUCCGAAUUCCUUUUUACAAAUCGCUCUAAGACUUUACUUUACGGCUUUAUAUUUCAACGAAUAAUUUAGAGGCCUUACUGGCUCAGUCUAUAUGUUUUGCAAUUAUGUACAUUCCCAAGUCAUAUCAUUUAAUUAGGCUACAUCUAGUGACUCUCGCAAUCGCGUUAUAAUUGUAAAUAGAGAUUAAGAAUUUUUAUUUUUAAAUGAAUUUGUAAAUGUGCGAUUGUAUAUGUGAAUUAGUUAAGUCGCCAUGGUUAUGUAUAGAAAUCAAGUUUUAAUGUUUUUUACGUAUCUACAAAAAGAUUCACCAUAAACAAUAGAGGAUCUUCAGACACAGACAAAAUUAGGUUUUGCGUUUUGCGCCAUUUUCUCACUUAACUAUUUCUGUACAUAGCUGUGGUUAUUCCUAAAUUGUCGGCAGAAUGCUGUGAUUUACAUUUCAUUUUCAAAUAAUUGUACAGUCGGUGUAAAAUAACUUAUAAUAGUUUUAAUUUAGGUUAUAUCGCAAUUUGAUACAAAUUUUCUUUUAAAUACGAAAUUUUACGGUUUUUUUUGAGAAAACUGUCAAAUGAAUUUAUUACGUUUUACCACCGUAAGGAACAACCGAGAGGUUAUUAGAUUGUGUAGAGUGUAUUAAUUUCGAAAUAAAUGAUUUGGAAGUGUUCAAUGACGAAAUUAGUACAUUUUUUUUACAUAAGAAUCUAUAGGUUUUAUUUAUGGAGAUUGUAGAAUGAAAUGUAAUAAAAUUGUAACUUAUAGUACUUUUAUGCUUGGACAUAGAUAAGUUAGGGUUAAGUACAGUUUAUUGUACUAAGUUCGAGAGUCAGUGUAUUUUUUUUAGUUAAGUUGUAUUGAUUAUUAUUAAUUG